AUGGGACAGCAAAGUUCACGACCGAACACGGAGUGCGUACGCGAACCCUGUGUACUUCUCAAAUACACCACCAACACGGCAGAAAACCAUCCUCAUCGGCUUGAUGAGACUGUUGGGACUGGUGAGAUUGAUGGAGGGAGAAAGGAGAAAAUGAGCUGGAGGAGAUGGCCCACUCUCCACUUUCGAUGUCGAAGAGCUGCAAAAUACGACCUGGCUCAGGCUGAGAAAGACUUCCAGAAUAAUUCGGGAUUAUAUCGGAGAUUUAGCCAAGCUCCAACUUCUGAAGUCGUCCCUGCUGCCGAGGAACAACCAGAGGAGGAAGAGCCAGAGGAGGAAGAGUCAGAGGAGGAACAGCCAGAGCUGGAUGUCCUGCUCAAGAGCCCCAUUUGCGAGUUUUAUGAAAUUGGCCAGAAGCUGGGCGAAGGAGGAUUUGGCUCGGUCUAUGAAGGAACUCGACGCGUGGAUGGACUUAAGGUGGCUGUGAAGUUUUCACUGAAGUUUCCAGAAAUGCCAUACGUCAAAGUGCCUGGUCACCGCAAACCCCUCCCCAAUGAAAUCGGCCUGACAUUGAUGGCCAACAAGGGUCGCCAGGUUCCGGAGAUCAUUAAACUGCUGGACUGGGAGGACGACUCGGACCACUACAUCAUGGUCAUGGAACGGCCAUCUCCUUGCAUGGACUUGUUUAGUUUCGUGGAGCUCCAUGGAGGGAUCCUCGAAGAGCAGACUGCGCGGCAUGUUAUGCGGCAGGCCGUUCGUGCUGCUCAAAUUUCAUGCGAGCGUCGUGUCUUCCAUCGUGACAUCAAACUGGAGAACUUGCUGGUGAACCUGGACACCAUGGAGGUCAAGUUGAUUGACUUUGGGUGCGGUGCACUCAUGAAGAACACUGCCUUCGAUGUCUUCAGUGGCACAGAGGUGUACUGUCCUCCAGAGGUCGAGGUUUACGGCAAGUACUACGCCAAGCCGACGACGGUGUGGUCUCUAGGCAUCCUGCUGUUUGCAAUGGUGUGCGGAAGUUAUCCCUCAGACAGCGACCUGUACAUGAUCAACGCAAACAUCUGGAGCAGUCCUGGCCUAUCACAAGAAUGCUGCCAGAUGAUUUGUGAUUGUCUGCAACCUUGGCAACAGCAAAGACCCAUUCUGAAGAAGAUGCAUCUCCACGACUGGUUUAAGGUUAGAUUAGCUUAA